AAGUUGGGGGCCGGUUCCCGGGGAGAGGCGAGGGAAGCAGUAGUUGCCAUGUCCGGCUUUGACGACCCCGGUAUUUACUACAGCGACAGUUUUGGGGGCGAUGUGUCAGCAGAUGAAGGGCAGAUUCGGAAAUCCCAGCUGCAGAAACGGUUCAAGGAGUUUCUGCGGCAGUACCGGGUGGGCACGGACCGGACAGGCUUCACCUUCAAAUACAGGGAUGAACUUAAACGACACUAUAACCUGGGUCAGUAUUGGAUUGAGGUGGAGAUGGAAGACUUAGCCAGCUUUGAUGAAGAUCUUGCUGACUAUCUGUACAAGCAACCAGCAGAGCACCUUCAGCUGUUGGAAGAAGCAGCAAAAGAAGUUGCAGAUGAGGUCACCCGUCCUCGUCCUUCAGGUGAAGAAACUCUGCAAGACAUCCAGGUCAUGCUGAGAUCAGAUGCCAAUGCAGCCAACAUCCGCAGUUUGAAGUCUGACCAGAUGUCCCACCUUGUGAAGAUCCCUGGGAUUGUAAUUGCAGCAACACCUGUGAGAGCCAAAGCCACCAAAAUAGCUAUUCAGUGCCGCAGCUGCCGUAACACCAUCAGCAACAUUUCAGUGCGCCCGGGUUUGGAAGGUUAUGCCCUGCCCAGGAAAUGCAACACAGAACAGGCUGGCCGCCCAAAGUGCCCACUGGACCCGUAUUUCAUUAUGCCAGAUAAGUGCAAGUGCGUGGACUUCCAGGUCCUGAAGCUCCAAGAGUCUCCAGAUGCUGUGCCACAUGGAGAGAUGCCCCGGCACAUGCAGCUGUACUGUGACAGGUACCUGUGUGACAAAGUUGUCCCAGGAAACAGAGUCACUAUUAUGGGCAUCUAUUCCAUCAAGAAGUCUGCCCAGAGCAAGAACAAAAGCCGUGAUAACGUGGGUGUGGGCAUCCGAAGUGCUUACCUCCGUGUUGUGGGUAUCCAGGUGGAUGUGGAAGGCUCAGGACAUAGUUUUGCUGGCUCAGUGACCCCUCAAGAGGAGGAGGAACUUCGUCGCCUUGCUGCCGUGCCUAACAUCUAUGAAACGAUUGCUAAGAGCAUUGCACCCUCCAUCUAUGGCAGCACUGACAUCAAAAAGGCCAUUGCCUGCCUCUUAUUUGGAGGCUCUCGCAAGAGGCUCCCCGAUGGGCUGACUCGGAGAGGAGACAUCAAUUUACUGAUGCUGGGUGACCCUGGCACAGCCAAAUCCCAGCUGCUGAAGUUUGUAGAGAAGUGUUCACCCAUUGGGGUGUACACCUCUGGGAAAGGCAGCAGUGCUGCUGGCUUGACAGCAUCCGUGAUCCGAGACCCUUCUUCAAGGAGUUUCUUCAUGGAGGGAGGAGCCAUGGUGCUGGCAGACGGGGGAGUGGUGUGCAUUGAUGAGUUUGACAAGAUGCGGGAGGAUGACCGUGUGGCCAUCCACGAGGCCAUGGAACAACAGACCAUCUCCAUUGCAAAGGCAGGAAUCACAACCACAUUGAAUUCCCGCUGCUCAGUGCUUGCAGCUGCAAACUCUGUCUUCGGGCGCUGGGAUGAAACCAAAGGCGAGGAGAACAUUGACUUUAUGCCCACCAUUCUGUCCCGAUUUGAUAUGAUCUUCAUUGUCAAGGAUGAGCACAAUGAGGAGCGAGACAUGACACUGGCUAAGCACGUGAUGUCCUUACAUGUGAGUGCCUUGACGCAGACCCAGGCCGUGGAAGGUGAAAUUGAGCUGAACAAGCUGAAGAAGCUCAUAUCCUUCUGUCGAACAAAAUGUGGCCCUCGCCUGUCUGCAGCAGCUGCAGAGAAGCUGAAGAAUCGCUACAUCCUGAUGCGGAGUGGCGCUCGCCAGCACGAGCAAGAAAGUGAUCGUCGGUCCAGCAUCCCCAUCACCAUCCGGCAGCUGGAGGCCAUCGUGCGCAUUGCUGAAUCCCUUGGCAAGAUGAAGCUUCAGCCAUUUGCCACUGAGGCAGAUGUUGAGGAGGCCUUGCGGCUCUUCCAGGUGUCCACACUCGAUGCAGCCAUGUCGGGCAGCCUGUCAGGGGCAGAAGGCUUCACGACACAGGAAGACCAAGAGAUGCUGUCCCGCAUUGAGAAGCAGCUCAAGCGCCGCUUCGCCAUCGGCUCUCAGGUGUCAGAGCACAGCAUCGUCCAGGACUUCAUACGGCAGAAAUAUCCAGAACAUGCCAUCUACAAGGUGCUGCAGCUCAUGAUGCGGCGUGGAGAGAUCCAGCACCGCAUGCAACGUAAAGUCCUCUACCGCAUCAAGUAAUCUCUAUCCCAUUUGUCUGGUGGCUCAAGCCAUCCAAAGGGAACCACUGCUGGCUGCUGACUGACCCCCAGGUGGUUGCUAACCCUGCUAUGUUGCGUCCUGCUGAUGGAAGAAGCUUUUCCUUGGGAAGCAGAACAGAUAGGUGCAUCCAUCUUCAACCACAGUUCAGGGCAGAUGGGGCUCCCGUUUUGUGUUAGACAUUCUGUCACAGGGCCACUUUGAUGUUUCUCAAAACUCCAAAAGCUUU